CCCAUUUCCUUCGACAGAGCUCUGGGUUGCUUCUGAUUGUGUACAUACAUACAAGAAUACACCUCUACAUUCAUUUGAUCUUUUCCUGCGACCCGUCAUCGUUUCGAGUGCUGAGUAACUAGCAGGCAGCAUUUUGCGGAUUCUCAUUUGCGCCAGCACCCCACUUUUCUCAACACUGCCCAACUCUCGUCAUCACAGCGGCUGUUGAGGUGAAGAUAUCGGCUUGCUCACCUUAUCCAAUCCGUUCCCAGGGCCGUUCCUGAGGUUAUCCCGGACAAGAAAUAGUCAACAUGGCUGAUAUCCAACGUCGGCUUCAGGCCCUCUCUGAGGACUACACCAAGCUACAAAAAGAUCUCCAAGACACAGUAACGUCUCGGCAAAAGCUGGAGGCUCAGAUGCAGGAGAAUUUGGGCGUACAACAGGAAUUCGAGAAGCUCAAAGACGGCGAGACCAUCUACAAGCUCAUCGGGCCAGUGCUCUUGAAGCAGGAUAGGACAGAUGCGGAGAGCACGGUGAAGGGGCGGUUGGAGUUUAUUGAAAAGGAAAUCACGAGACUGGAAGGCCACAUCAAGGAGACGCAGGCCAAGAUGGAGAAGAAGAAGACCGAGAUCAUUCAGGUUCAAACCAGUGCUCAGGCUGCCGUUGGUGCUGGCCCUCAGGCUGUCAAGGGGCGCGCUUAAACUUGUGAGAAUAAAAUUACCGUGUUCCUUGCAAUAGUUGUUUUGGGCUGUAUAUGACCACAGUGCAAUUUUGACGAGUAUAAACGUUCCAGCCAUUUUCCCCAAAGCAACCCGAUCUAUCCAAACCCAGAAUGGAGAUUUGUUAAUGUUACAGUCCACCAAAAGAUAUUACAAAAGACAUAACCCUCCCCUUCCUUCACAACCUCCCGGUCAUGAUCUCUAGUUCAAAGCCAUAAUGGUAAACCCCCACGGCAAGCCCAUAUUCCCAUACGGCCUGCUCCCCAUCUCCCAGUCAACCUUCUCAUUCGUCGCCACCUGCUCAAUCUCAACUUCAUUCACCACGUCUUCUUUUUCUUCCUCGUCAAUAACCCCCACAAUAAACUCCACCACCGCCUCGACGGUAUAACACUCCCCCAACAAACCCCCUUCCUCGAUCCUUUCCAGCACACUUCUCUUUUGUUUGCUCUGCUCAAACAACCUCAGCUCUCUAUCCACCACGCCAGCAGUGAUGUCCCCAUGUGUGCAGAGGUGCUCGAAGAUGAGGACUAGCCCGGUGACGGCCUGGAUAUAAAGAAUGGUUUUGGCCUGGUCGUCAAGGCCGGAGAGGAGGGCGCCUGUUGUGUCGAAGAGGAUGGGGAGGGUUUCCUCUGGGAGGAUGGCGG